ACUACAUCCGCAAAAGGUCGGACGCAGCAAUCGCUUGCGGAUCCGAUCUCUCACUCCCAGUUUUUCCAUCGAACUCACGCAUCUGGACAAGUUGCGACCGGAAUGUCAUUGCCACCUACAGCCACCAUGGAAGACGUACACACGUCCUGGCUUGCCGCUGGUGCCAAUGAAGAUGUCGAAACGAUGCGCCAAUUGUGGAAACAAUUCCCCGAGUGGCUCAACUUCCAACGAGUACGUAGCGAACUCUUUUACUUGGUCCAGAUCGAGCUGACAAAACUAUGAUGUUGCUAGCAAAUUGAGUCCGAUACGUCGGACUCGCUACUUGAGCGUCAAACUCGGUUUUGCAGCUGGAGUGGCUUCCAUCUGCGCACAAUUGGUGCCUCUGCACUACACACCGCUACGUGGGCAGAGAGUCUUGGCAUCCUCGAGUUUCUGCUGGAAUUUGGCCAAAAUCCAGAUGAAGGAGACGACAGCGGAGUGACGGCCGUUAUGGUGGCUAUCCUACGUCUUAACCUCGUGACAAUGCGCUGCGUACUACGUAACGGCGAGGCCGUGCGCCGAAACACGGUCGUUGAUUGUCGUCAAGAGCAGGACGAGUGCGUAUCUUCAGUGAUCGCUGUGAUCAAGUUGCUACUGAAAUUUGGUGCAAACGUCAAUGCUCGAAGCCAGGACGGGAAGACGGCUUUACAUUGCUCCACUUUCGACGAUGCCUACGAGGUAGCCAAGGUUCUGCUGGAUGCUGGGGCCACGAUAAACGCAGUGGAUGAGAAUGGCAGGACACCGCUCCAUUACUGUGUCCACGAAGGAGGCUUACAAGUGACUGACCUCUUGCUCUCUCGUGGAGCGAAUAUCGACGCAGAAAACAAAGACGGCGUCUCUCCGUUGAAGCUUAUGGUACAGCGUGCUAACGUGAACACUCUUCAGCUCUUCCUGAACCAUCAUCACUGUGUAGUUACUCCUCAUCGACACUACUUUGCUGAAACAGUAUUAUUCCAAGCUGUGGAUAUUCGAGAGGAGAAUCUGGUGAGAUAUAUCGUGGAGAAUGAAUAUGCAUCCGUGGCGGCGCGAAACUCUGACGGGGAAACCACAUUCCACCGGGCUAUCUUCAAGCGAGGCUCUUCUCUUAUGAAGCUACUGGCUGACUUUGACUCUGCUGGGGACAACUUGACCGCUACUACUGUGAACUUCGAGACACCUGCACACUACGCUGUUAAGUACGGAUCUCAUCGUGAGGUGGAAACGCUGUUGCAGUGUUUGACGAGCGUGUUCGGCGACUUACUGCAACUUGGAGAGACCAACCCGUUGAACUCUAUGAACCUACAAGGCAUGACGAGUCUCUAUAUCGCUGCAACUACAACGGUUCGCUCUGGGAUUGAUCCAGUCAUUCCAUGGAGGCCUAGUGAAGAUGUGUGUCUCGUCGAGCGCAACUUAAAGGCCACAUUGCUGAUACAGCAUGGAGCAAGACUAUUCCCACGAGACAAACUGAUACAAUCGAUAUCGACCGACAGUUCUCGUAUCAUUCUCCCGUUACAAGUACAACAUUGUUUACGCAGUUGGCUCGUGGAAGAAGUCUGGGAUGUAGCGGAUGAGGAGCCCGAGGACGAAGAAACAGCUCAUGCUGGGACUGACAGGAGUCUGGUCGAAGCAUUAACGCAGUUGUGUGUACAGUGGAUGUCUGGUGUCGCGUGUGUUGGCAAACGGGCAUCGCUACUCCCUAUUUUCAUCUGUGCCGACUACGCACACGAGAUUGUACCGCUGCUUGUUGGGCUCCCUGUGCAACGCUGGGCACUACCAGCUUUACUACGUCAGCUGGAGAAGUUUGCAAGAUACCAGCUCCGCCACCGUCUUCUUCUGCAGCUCCACGACGAGCUACGGGAAGCACUUCAAACAGUUGGGAUGUUGGUUUAGGUUGUAAAGAGCACAGCAGUAUUGUCGAAGUCAUGCAAAUUGUUUCGGUCUAAGUGGAUGCACCGUCGCCGCCUGUGGUACGACCAUUAUUUUCUCGUAGUCCUCGAGCAAGGCAGACACUAGAGUUGCACUGGGAUUGGCGUUGUUGCAAUGCACAACUUCAAUGGCUGCUAGAGGCAGUUGUUUACGGGUAUGGAAUCUACGAUGGAUAGUGUCCCUUUGUCAUAUCGUAAGUCCCUUUGUCGUAUCGUACGUUCCAGAAUCCGUCGCGAAUGCUGCAAAAGCAGCAAAAAAAAAAAAAAAAAAA